ACAGAGAGUAAAAAAAGCUUUUUAUUUCAUGCGCCAAGAUAUCUCAACUCGAUAUUGCAUUGCAAGUUUUGUCUCCGUUCAAACAGCAAGCUAUCAAUAUAUUUUCACAUCGUUCUUUGAUCUAAUUCAAAUUUCGGUCGAGUUUACUUAUCGAUCAAAAAGCGUCGCGGUUGCCAUGGAGAUGCCAAACGCUGGCACCUGCACAUUUACAUAGCCAAAAGACGCAUCGUAAUAAUUUACUCUUGUCAUUUAGCAGUCUUCGUGAAAGGGUCAGUUUUGACAAGAAGUAAUUCACUCGUGUCUCAUCUUAGACCAAAGUGGGCUACUCUCAAGUGUGUUUUUUGCACUGAUGAAGACUAAAACCGCAUGAAGCUCCCGUGGCAUGGCAAAUCCUCCUUGGAACAAAGGACCCGUUCAGUCGACUUCAACGUCGAUUUCUUAUGCACGGAAAAGGGCAACUGGAGGUCCACAUAGUCAUUCCUUACCAGCUAUAACAGAUUCCACGGAGAAGGCAGUCCGGCGAAACAGUCCAGCUCACGAAGGACCACGCCUGCGACAACUUGAGGGACGUGUGAAUGUGAGUGAACAGUCGAACAAAGCAUUAUUAGAAGAACUUGUCCGAUUACAAGGGGAACUGAAAGGGAGUAUACGUCGCAAUGAAGACACUUUAAGAGAGGAGAGAGAAGAGAGACUUAUACUAUCUGAAAAGAUUCGUGCCGCCAAUAAUUUGUACACACAAAUGAUGAUGAGAAUGGCACGUGCUGAAGAAAAAAUCGAGUCAGAACACAACACCGUUGGAACCCUUGUCAAUCACACAAAGCAAGUGGAGCAAGCUCUAAUGGGCAACCAACAGCAGUUGCUGAGUCGAAGAGAACAGAUUCAUGUGCAUGUUGAACGAGUGAAGGAUGACAUCGAGGACAUGAGAGAAAGCCAAGAACAACUGCAGAAAAAUAUGAGGGCUCUGACAGAUGAUGUGAGAACAAUGAAGAGUAAACAUGAGGUGCAGACUGUUCAGUUUGGUACAUUGGUUCAAGAAAUCAGACAAAGAAUAAAAAAGAUUGAGGGUGAUACAAACACUGCUAUGUCGUCAUUAGUGAAACACCGUGAUGAUCAAAGCACAAAUGAAGCAAAUACACUUCAGUUCAAGAAUAUUAUGGAAGCCAGGUUAGCUGAUAUGAAAGAGGUUACAGGAGAACUCAGGAGGCGAAUAGAAGCUGAAGAACAUGAAAGAAGAACUGCUAACCAGCAGAACCAGCUCAGUCUAGAACAGCUAAAAGCAAUGGUACAAGAAAGUAACCACCAGAGAGAACAAGAAUUAUAUGCACACUCCAUGAAUUCUAAGGAGAAAGAAGACCUCCUUGAAAAUGAGAGAACUAUGAUUGCUAGUAAACUAGCAGAACUUUCAGAAGAGCAAAGCAAAAAGAUGUUACAGAAAGAGAUACGCCUCAGAGAAGAUGCUCAGGCAAAGUUUGUCUUGUUAGAAAAGAAAUUACGAGAGGAACAAGCUGCUAGACUGGCAUUUGAGAAAUCACAACGAGAGGAAAUGGAGAGACGCUGGCAGUCACUCAAAGCUUAUAUUGAUGAAGAGUCCAAGGGUGUCAGACAGUCUGAAAAGGUGGCACAGGCAAGGACUGACCAGAGUCUUGUACGUCUUAACGAAUCCAUAUCAUUAUUAGAGAGGCAGAUGGAAGAAGGAAGAAAGGCAAUUGAACAGGUGCUACAUGCUGAAAUCACAUCAAGACAGUCACAAAGUGAAAAGCUAUCCACUAGAUGCAACCAGCUCCAGGAGAAACUGAACAUGGCCAUCAGCACAUUACAGCAAGCCUUGGGAGGAAUUAACUCACAAGUGUCAGAGAGUGUGGCUAAGGCAAAAGAAGAGCUGAUGUCAUUAAUGGACAAGAACAACAACUCAGGGGUCAGAGGAUUAGCAGACAUGGAUACAAGAUUGAACAAGCUAAGCAAAAGAAUAGCUGAGAUGGAAGAAGCCAUUAGCAAACUUGAAAGGAUCAAGAAUAUGGUUCCUCUGGAAGAGCAUGGAAAAUCUGACCAAGAAGAAAGAGACAGGAGCUUGGGGCAGGUGGCUAACUGGCGUCAGGAUACAGACCAACAGUUUAGAGAAGUCCAAGCCAAGUUGAGGCCCCUCCCAGAUGAGAUUACUCAUCUACAGAACCAACUUGCUGCACUCAAGGCUGACCUUGAAGAUAAGGAGGAAGCGGAGAAGAGAAAGGAAGCAGAACGACAACCCACUCCACCUGCGAAGGAACCUGAACCAGAACCUGAACCAGAACCAGAACCAGAGGCAGACGAGCAGGAAGACAAUGAAGACCUGCGAAACAAGUUGCAGAAGCUAGAGGAGGAAAUGCAGCAGACCUCUUCUCAAGUAGCCAAACUAGAAAACACAGUGGAAACACUACGAACAGUUUUGACACAAAAAAUACAAUCAGAGGCCCAAACGCGGAAUGACCAACACGAACUUGUUGAGCAGGAUAUCACCAAAGUGAUCCGGUUUUACGUGCAAGGCCAUCGUCGCGCGUUCGUUAAGUACAAACACUGGAGCGUUUCUCAAGCUCAAAACGUGGAGGGAAUCGGAAGGAUGCGCUUCGCUCUGCUGGAAAUCAACCGGUGGGGAAUCUACCAGGUGGUUAAGAUGCACGCCAUCAAACAAGCAUGGUACCGCCUCCUAGAGAAGAAGGAAGAACGGGAAAAAGGCGUUGAAGAGGGUACUUCGGCUCCUUCGCGACCAUCUGAGAGUAAAGGGACCAGUAAGAAGACUGAAGACAGCGAGGAUGACGAUGAUGAUGAUGACGAUGACGAUGAUGACAACGAUGAUGAUGACGAUGAUGACGACGAUGAUGAUGAUGACGAUGACGACGAUGAUGAUGAUGAUGACGACGACGAUGAUGAUGACGAUGACGAUGAAUCGAGGCCGACGACGAAACGUGGCGCUAAAAACAAGAAAGGCCAGAAUAAUAAAGGGAAGAGGGGCAAAAAAUAGUGGUAUGGAUAGUACAAAAGAAUGCUGGAGAAAAUAACCUAAUAGUUAAUUUAUUACUAGAACUGAGAUUUGUACAUUUCAUUACCAGACGUGUUUACCUCUGUACUUUUUAUCAUGGAACGAAUAGUUUUAUGAAAAGCGCAAACAGCUGGUCAUUAAUCUGGCCAGCCGUAGUCU